UGGGUAGCACACCAUAGGCCCUAGAUAAUAACCACGAGCUUUAAUAACUCAAACUCAAACUCAAACAUCUCUAAAGCAAUAGUUUUCACUUUCAGUCGUUUUAUUUCAGUAGCUUUGGUUGAUAGUAGGAGUAAUGAAUUAAGGUAUGACAUCGCCAUCAACUUCAACUCCAGAUCAUCGUGGUGCGAACCCGUCCAAUUUUCAGAAAUCCCACUUUCGCCGGACAGUGUGUUUGGCGGAUUGGUGGUUGGUUAAGUCUGAAAAUGAGGUCCAAGGAAGGCGACUCGCCGUUGGAGGGCUUACUGACCAGGGGAAACAAGCUAGGCGAGAGUUUACAUCAGCACCGAUCGUCAAAAGUUAUGAUGAUUUCAAUAUUGAAACCACUGAUGGGAUUUGUGUUAUACUGAAGGGCUUCAUAAACAAAGAUCGCACAUUGGAACAUGGGUUUCCAUCUGAUGUUUUCAACCAUUUUGUUUUUGGGUUUCCACUUUACUGGAAGGAGUAUGAUGAAAAGUUUUUGUGUAAACAGCCUCCCUACAAGGACAUUGUGACAGACAAAUUCUCUGAGCAACUCUCUCAGGGACUUGGAUCAAUAGGAGGUGCACACCCACAUUUGGACAGUCAUGAAAAGGAUUUGGGGUCACAAGGAAGAAUUGAAGCCAAGGGUAGGUGGAAAGGCAAGCAAGAUAAAUCUUUGGGUGUUCAAUUCCUUCGUAAACAUAUUGUUAGUGGGCUUCAGGAAGAAUCAUAUUGUGGAGACACCUGUGUUGAAGACCAUACUGCUCCUUAUCUACCUGCGAAUUGUCUUGAGAACAAGGUCAAAUCAUCGUCAGAUUUAAGUUGUGAUAGAAGCAUCAAGGUAUCCGCCGAUUAUUCUCAACUCAGUCAUAAAGGAGGAACACUGCUUGCAUGUCACUUACAUAAUAAGAAGAUAAAGCAGGGAGCUGAUAACUCAAGGAAGAUGGAUGGCAAAAAAGCAAAUACCAACUCUGACUGGGAUAUGAGCUCAGAGAAAAUUCCUAGCCAUAAUGAAGUAAGAGUCGUGACACCUUCAAAAAGAAAGUUCAGAGUGAAAGAGAUGAAAAAUCAAAGAUCAACUGGAAUAUCAGAUUGUGAGAAAAUCAGGUUUAACUCUAUUUCAUCAGUCGGCUUUGGGGAAUUAGAAUCAGAACUAGUUGUUGAUAAAGAACCAGUGAGUAGCAACAACUGUAAUUCUGAGGACAAGGGUAUCAGAGAAAUUAAAACUAGAAGCAGCACCCGUAAGGCCAAAACUAAAGCUACUGAGUUACCUUCUACACCUGCUGUUUCAUCCAAGUCACACGACUCACAUCAUACUCCAGCUUCCGCAGACAAUCAUAGGGGUACUUUAACUAAUGGGAAAAGUAGUUUGUCGGAGAAGGCUAAGGCUUUGGGCAAGGCGACCAGACAAAAAUCCAUGCCUGUUAGUAAGGAAACUCCUAAAAGGGAAAAGGAAAAGGAAAAGGGUUGGAAUGCAUCACCUCAGUCAUGUAGUUUCCGCAGAUCUCGAUCAGGGAGAUUGUUGAUGCCUACCUUGGAAUUUUGGCGCAAUCAGAGGGCUAUUUAUGACACGGAUCGCACAAUCACUGGAUUUGAGGAAGGCAUGCAGCCCUAACAGCUUAGAAAUGGAACAUAAUGUAGGAAGCUGUCCAUUCUCAACUGAACUUCAGGGCUGAUUUUGUUGAUCCUUUCAACUGCAGUUGCUAUGGUCAUCAUGUUGAUAAGCAAUACUAUUAAGGUAUAUGUAAUUAUGCAUCAGCUGUAUAUGCAAUUUAGUUUGAAACUAGAGUUGUAACCUAAUGAAAUGCAUUGUAGCCAUAGGAGUAUUUUGGACAGAGAUAUUAGUAGGUAUGGUUUGGUGCCGAUGUGUAUUAAUUUAGAUAGUGUCAAAACGAUGUCGUUUUGGCUACUUGACUUCGACUUUUCACCCCAAAGAGCUAAUGAAGCAAAUUAAGUUUAA